AGAAAAAAAAAAAAGGGAAAAAGAGAAAGAAAGGCAAAAACAAAGGAACACACGCUAUGCAACUUUUACUCGACUCAUUAAAACUAAUGGAAGAAAGGGGGUUCACGCCUCUCUUUUUCUUUUUUUUUUGCGCUUUUUUUUCUGUAUUAUUUUCGUGCUUUCAUUUCCCAAUGCGGUUAUCUAACAGCCAGAACACGGGACUGCCAAGGACAUCGCGUUGGCCAAGUUUAUCGUGAUCGAACUGUAUACGACGGAACAAUCCUAUCAUCGUUUACUCAAGAUGGUCCAGACUAAUUAUAUGCAAGUGAUGGCGGAAGCGGCCCAGCCAAGAAAUCCGCUUUUCAGGGCAGGGGAUGUGCCUAUUUUAUUUCAACAUCUACCGGAUUUAAUUGCUCUUUCCGAGAAACUUUUGACCGCAUUUGAAUACCAUGCUUCUCAGCUGUGGCGAAUGUUUUGUCCUGCUCAAGUCGGACCCAUCUUUCGCAAUCUGGAGGACGAUCUGGUUGUGUUUCUGCGAUACGCCAUGCAUUAUCAAAACAAUAUCAAGUCCAUUCGACGUGCAUGCAAUAAUGUGCUUGUGUUAAAAAUUGAGCAGGAAACACUGAGUCAGAAAGAUACGCAUCGUCUUGGCAUUGCCGAUUACCUUAUUGCCCCAUUUCAGCGAGUCCCUCGGUAUUGUUUGUUGAUCAAAGAUCUCCUCAAGCAUACUGAACGGUGUGACCCAAAUUACAAGGAUUUGGACAUUGCCUUGAAACUACUGACGGGACUUGUCACUGCCAUGGAUUACGUUCAGGAAACUCAUCGCAUCAAAUCUACCUUUUAGGAUUCAUCCAUUUACCCAAUCUCCUCUUUUCAUCCAUACCAUCGAAAAGAUACUAGGAUACCGCCCAAUGAUGGAAUUUACUAUCUAUUGGCCCUACAUUCCUAACGAGAUAUCGAUUUAUGAUGUCCCCCCCCCACCCCUCUAUAUGUGUCAACAGCUACAUUACACCUUAUUCCAUUAAGUUAUUUCCUUUUGUACGGUAUUUCCUACUUUUGUUUUUUUGAUCCUUCAACCGCAGAUAUAUUUUAUUUACGUAGAAAGACCGAAAACACACUACUGGAUUUCAAAUUAUUGUUUAUUA